GCGGGUUGUAGCGCGGGCGGGUGGAACGCGGCGGGGCGAACGUUCCGAGGAUCGAACGUUGAGACAUGUCUCGGCCGGGCGGCGCCGAGCGCCUGGUGGGGCAGCGCUUCCUCUGCCUGCUGUCCGGCUGCGGCCGAGCGCCGGAGCCCGGCCGGAUGCCCGAGUGGGACUGGAGAGCGGGGAUCGUCAGAGCCAUUUCCCACAAAGAUCCAGCCAGCGCGGAUUUGGUGAUCUUUUUAGAGUUUGACGAUAGUUGGUGUCGGUGGAUAAAGCUUCACGAUGAGGAGCUGAGUGUCUUUCUGAUCGAAGACCAGUUAGCCCUGGCUGAAAGGAAAACUGAAGAACUUGCGGAUUGCGUGCAGUGGCCUGUACUGACAUUUAAAUGCUUGACCGACAAGGUUGGGAUUGGAUCGAUAACUCCUGUGGAAUUUCUUGCCGACAAGCACCGAAUGUUUCUCCAAAAAGAUGUCCCUCUCCAGUCCUUGAAGAUGAACAUGGACUGUUGGGACCAAUCUCUUCGGGAUAACAAGGAAGUCUGUGCCAAGAUUAAGAGCUGGUUCAUUAAGCAAUCAUCACGAGAACUCUUCCUCUACGGUACAAGGAACCUGACUGGCUAUAAAGUUAAGGUGUAUGACUUGAAAUCUUCUACUCAUUGGUGUCCAGCCACAGUGACUCAUCACGAUUUAACAACGCGCUUACUGCAGAUCACAAGUGAGCAGCUGCCAGAGAAGCAAAUUGUUGACCCUGCUCUGAUUCACAUGGCUUUUCAUACUGAAGAAGAUGUUGAGGCGCUGACCAGAGAGGAAAUUGAAUCUGGUAAAUCCACAAAAGCACAAUGUACAAAAAGAAAGUCUCCUGAGGCCCAGGAUGACAACGUAGCCAAAAGGGCAAAGAGUGUACCAGUGGCGGAGAGCGAGUACUGCGGGAAGGAGCGGGUCUCUGCAGUGAAUGAGGCCCAGCACAGCAUUGACCGGUCAGCCCUCCCUGCUCCGGCAGCAUUAACGGGGCAGCAGGGCGAGAAGGUGCAACAACCACUGGAAUCCAGAACCUGCCAUGAAAACGGACUUCUUGCAAAGGAAGGUCCUGAAAGUAUGACUGUUCCAGCUCCUCAGAAACCAAAGGCUUUGUUUGGGUUUAGUACCAGCUGGAGUAGCUUUAAUCUGGCUUUCUCGACCCGUCCUAUGGAUAAUGGGCGGACGGUGGUGGUGGAGGACAAAGUCCAGCCUGGGACCAACCUUCGAGACGCUGUACCGUCAGCGAGUGCAGCGCCUGGUGCCUCGAGCCUUCAGAAACCUCGCCCUGCAUUCAUGCUCUCAAGUAAAGAAACAACAAUUUGUUCUCCCUUUGAGGCUCAGUUUGUGCACUCUGCCCUGGGAGACAUGUUGCUUGGUAGUACUGCUACAACCCCUGGGAGCAAAGAUCUGAGACGGACCACACCUCCACCUGCCAACUCCCCUCCAGCCAUCACUGCUGUGGCGCCCCCUGGGACUGUGGGACAGACGAGCGUGGGGGAGUCAGUGAGUGAAGGUCACGAUACUCCAGCAAGCAGCUGUAAUGCUAACACGGUCUGGCCAGGUUCCAACACCUCAAAGUUACCUUCAGAAGCUCCACGUAAAGCACCCUCGGAGGGAAGCUUCUCAGGCACGGGUGGUUAUAACGCACUGGAGUCGUGGCCUGGAUUUUCCACUGACUGUGCCUCGCGUCCCGCGACGUCUUCCCAGUCGGCAGCGCUGUUCCAGACUUCCAGGAGUGGACCGUUGGAAAAGGGCAAGGAAGGAAAACCCAUUCAGGAGAAGGUCGGGAUUGUUCCAUUAACCAGCCCUCCUGUCAGCAGUGCGUCGCUUCCCGCUCCGAGCAGCAAGCCCAGUGAAAUGAGUGCCGCUCCGUCGUGUGUACCCCGAGCAUUCGGCCCCUCCAGUGCCCUCAUAGUUGAUGCCACCAGUCGGCGCCCUGCCACGCCUUCUGAUCCCCCCGAACACGCAGAGGGAAGUCACCAGAGGGCUUCGCUCGCAGGCCCUGAACAACAAACCGACGGGAACGACAGCGACACAGAAAGUACAACCAGUGACCUAAGUUGCUCGUCCGGAGUGAGUUCCGAACUGGGGUCCGAUCCCCCGACUCCAAAGAUCUGGGCUUCCAGUCCGAGCCUUAAGGGGGAAGGGGGCGAUCGACUGAGGAAUGCAAUGUUGAAAGCAGGAAGAGGCAGAGCCAGUGUCUCCCAGUCGGUGCUGAGUGACAUUCACAAAGUCCGUGCUUUGCAGCAGAGCGGCGAGUCCUUUCUGCAGGACGGCUCCUGUUUAAGUGUUGCUCCGCACCUACGCAAGUGCAGAGAGUGCCGCCUGGCCAGUUACCACCGCUACAGAGAUGAGAGUGACUCGACUGUGUUCUGCAGGUUCUUCCACUUCAGAAAACUGUACUUUAACAAGCAUGGAGUGCUGAGGGCGGAAGGAUUCCUCUCUCCAAACCAGUGUGAUCCAGAGGCCAUGCGGCUGUGGAUGCCCUCUGAUGCUGAUGUGGAGGGCUUGGAUUUGGAUACCUCCAAGUACAUCUUGGCUAAUAUCGGAGAUCACUUUUGCCAGUUGGUCAUGUCAGAAAAAGAAGCACUGAAGUUAGUGGACCCUUGCAAAAAAAUAGCUUGGAAGCGGGCAGUCCGAGGCAUUCGGGAAAUGUGUGAUGCCUGUGAGACGACCCUCUUCAACUUCCACUGGGUGUGCCCGAAGUGUGGGUUCGGGGUGUGCCUCGACUGCUACAAGAUGAAAAAGAACAACCCUCAGCAAGGUGGCAAAGAGGAGAUAUUUUCUUGGUUUAAGUGUGCUAAUGGGCAAAUCCAUGAGCCGGACAAGAUGAUGCCAACCCAGAUUAUCCCUGGUUCAGCUCUGUAUCAGAUUGGAAAUAUUGUGCAUUCUGCGAGAGGAAAAUGGGGCAUAAAAGCUAACUGUCCUUGUACAGCGAGGAAGAACAAGCCCUUGUCCAGGUUACCCAUCACCACGGAGGCAGCUCAGCAACGAAGUGACAGUGCAGUGUCCAGCCAGGCACAGAGCUGCAGCAGGCCAGCGGCCUCUGAAGGCAGUUCCACAGUAAGCACGCCUGCCACCAAGGCCGAUGCAUCUCCCAUUCCUGCUACUGCAGCCUGGAAGAAAGAGGAUUCUCCCUUCAACUGGAUGAUGGGCCUGACCAAAGGCAAAGAAGAAAGUCAAGGAAGCUCACAGUUACCUUCCUUGAACAAAGAGACAAAAACAACUGGGUUAUUUAAUUCCUUGAGCACAUUGUCGAAGCCUUCAUCCUCACUGCAAACUUUCAACAGUUUGUUAACGCUGGCACCGAGCAGCUGCAGUGCCCCCAGCUCGCUCAGAAACCUACUGACCUCCAGCUCGGGAAAGUCUGAAACAGGAUCAAAGAGCACUUCUAACCUGUUGGAUGACAUCUUUGCCUCACUGGUGCAGAGCAAACCGCCCACUGAUGGCUCAAAGGCCCCAGGCACUGUGUGUGAUUCCAGGGAGCUGCUGAAGGCUGCGCCGGGGAGGGUGACCAUUUUGGGCUCGGACACCCCUCACACCUGGUACUGCGGGGGCCGUGUGCUGUGCUUGCAAGAUCCCAGCAACAAGAACAACUGGAAUAUUUUCAGAGAGUGCUGGAAGCAAGGACAUCCAGUAAUUGUAUCUGGUGUCCAUACGAAGCUCCGAGAGGAACUAUGGAAGCCUGAAGCCUUUGGGGAAGAGUUUGGAGAGCAGGAUGCUGACCUGGUCGACUGUAGAACCAACACUAUCAUCGCUGGUGCAAAAAUCCGGGACUUUUGGGACGGAUUUGAGGACCUUUCACGGCGCCUUUCAACAAAAGAGAGGGAACCGAUGGCUUUGAAGCUGAAGGACUGGCCUCCAGGAGAGGACUUUAGAGACAUGAUGCUUUCUAGGUUUGAAGACCUGAUGAAUAACCUACCUCUGCCUGAAUAUACCAAGAGAGAUGGCAAGUUGAACCUGGCUUCCAGGCUACCAGACUUCUUUGUGAGACCUGAUUUGGGACCAAAAAUGUACAAUGCUUAUGGCUUGUUAUCAGCAGAGGACAGAAAGGUUGGCACGACAAACCUUCACUUGGAUGUCUCUGAUGCUGCUAACGUUAUGGUGUAUGUUGGGAUCCCCAGUGGCCAGCCCAAUCACGAGGAGGAAAUUCUGAAGACAAUGGAGGAUGGGGAUACGGACGAGUUAACAAUAAAACGCUUCACAGAAUCCAACGAAAGGCCGGGUGCUCUGUGGCACAUUUACUCAGCCAAAGAUGCAGAAAAGAUCCGAGACCUGCUGAAGAAGGUUGCAGAAGAGCAAGGUCAAGAAAACCCUCCAGACCACGAUCCCAUUCAUGACCAAAGCUGGUACCUGGAUAGGACUCUGCGCAAGAGGCUCUAUCAGGAAUACGGAGUCCAGGGUUGGGCAAUUGUGCAGUACCUCGGUGACGUGGUCUUCAUACCAGCCGGAGCUCCCCACCAGGUUCACAACUUGUACAGUUGUAUCAAAGUAGCAGAGGAUUUUGUUUCCACUGAGCAUGUCAAACACUGCUUCCGGCUCACACAGGAAUUUCGACACCUGUCUAACACACACACCAAUCAUGAAGAUAAGCUCCAGGUGAAGAAUAUCAUAUACCAUGCAGUGAAGGAUGCUGUUGCAAUGUUAAGAGCUCAUGAAUCCAGCCUCCUGAAGACCCAGGGGUGAUGUCUAAAGUUCCAACUGAAAGCUGGCUGCUCGUGGCAAAUCCAGACUCUAUUGUUGACACCAACUUUCAGAAACUGACUUGUUUGAGGAGGCAAUACAGCAUUCUUGGGUUACACUGGCUGAACAGGGAGACCUGAACUUGUACUUCAUCUGCUUUAACUUGUAAAACUGAGCAGCAAGGAUGUUGUUCAGAAUUCUAUUUCAUAAUGCUAAGAAGCAAACUUUAUUUUUCAGAUCCCAGUUAAACAAUUCCAAACUAGUUUUGCUCUGCCUACCCUAUAUUUAUUCUCUUGGCUCCAUCUUGGUGGGUCUAUCUUGGAAUUGUUUAGGGAGUACUUAUCUGGGGUUUCCCACAGAAUACCAGGGAAGCAAUAGAAGGAAUUCCACAGUCUUCCCUAUCAAGGAUCAUUAGCUGUAGCCUGGUGUAGUUGGCAACAUCCUAUCUAGGUGUUUCAUGUUUAAUUGGAAAACACAAUUUCCAGAUAUUAUUAGUGCUAUAACAAGAUAAAUUAAGUCUGAGAACUGCGGGUUUUAUCUUCAUUGUCAUAGUGGAUGCAGUUCUUCUACAGUACUGCACCACUAAUACAUUUUGUCUUUAUUCUGUACUCAGAUAUCCACACACAGUUCUAAAUGGAAGAUAUCCAUUGGUUCAUAAUAUCUGAUCUUCCUGUUAAUAUGUGAAUUGCAUUCUUUUUGUACUUAAUUUUGGGAGGAAUGUUUCAUGUUUUGAAAGAGUUAACUAUCUGAAGAGCAGGUAAGUGAAAUCGCCCAGGAAUUAGAUUCACAGAAUUGGCAUAAUUUAAGUUUAGUAUUAGCUUACAGAGUGAGGCACAUUUCACAUAGUGCUGCUGUAAAUAUUUUUUUAUUUGAGUUGGUAAAAACUAUCUCCCAGGUUGUCGGGGUAUAUUUUCUUGUCCAGCACAUUUACAAUCUGAGAACUCCUGAGAGUUUUGAAGUACUUCCUAACUUUUUUUGCCUUUUUUGUUGCAAACUAUUCAGUGUUUAUUGGGAAAAGCAUGAGUGCAUAUGUAAGAAUUCUAAAGGAUGACAGCAUUCACUGUACUAUAAUGCAGAUUCCACUGAAGUGUGGGUUUCCUUAACAAUGUGGGCAGUACACUAGACAAAUUGCAUUAUUAUAGAAAUAAACUUUUUUCUAAAUUAUUGCACAGUCGAUUGCAAGUCCAAACUCAUCCCCAUCCUGAGUUUGAUUCAACUUGACUAAUUUUCAUCCACUUUGUUUUAAAACAUGUUGCUGACAUAGAGCAAAUUUUUUGGUCUGUGUACCAAUGAAGAAUGGCCUUGUUUCUUUGGCUGUAACAUUUGAAGAUUAUUCUAGUUCAACUAUUUUUAAAACUACUAUAAAACUUUCAAAGUAAAUGAAAUCCCAAUCAUUGGUAUUUCAGUAACUUUGAUUACUCAGGACAUACUGCUAUGUUGAAUGUUUGUGUAGGUUUUGUUUGCUUUGUAUAUUUACUAUGUUUUGUGGUUUAAAUACAGAGCAUCAAAGUUCAAGUCUGAAAAUGACACUUUCAACCAUCUGAACAAUUCUAUUGUUUGACAAUAUUUGUACAACAAUGUGAUUUUUACACAAUAUAUCAACAUUGCUGUUUUAAAAAAAAGUGGUUAUGCAUUUAAAUGGAUUUCAUUCCAACUGAGGUUCCUGAUGCUGGAUAUUGGAUGGAUGAUGCAGUGAAUAGAAGUGGUUGGUUAUCCUCUGAAGUUGUAGAUGCAGUAAACAAGUGUGCAAUCUGGGCUGACGGGGAUUCUUGUAUUCCAAACCAUCAUAACACAAGGAGACCAUUUGAUCCAUUGUGUCCCUGCUCACUGCUUUGGCAGUUGCUGGAAGCACCAUUGAUUCAGAAAGCAAAUAGAAACUGUGGCAAGUGGUUGUGUGGAGGAACAAGGUCAUCCAUUUAGAUAUAUUAAAUAAUAUUUUAAUACUGAGUGUUUGGUCCUUUGAGGAAUGAAAGAUUCUGGGUAUCUAUAUAAACAAAUCAAAGUCAGUUCAUAGGUUCAGAAAGUAACUGGAGACUAAUGGAGCCUUGCCGGUUAAGUGUUGGUAGGUAAGCUUACUCACAGCCCUUAUCCUUGUUUAAUGCCUUUCACUAUGUCCUUGUGGAUCCAUUUUGGCUCCCAAUUUAUCCUUUCAGAAUAAAUUAGUCAUAUUUACAUUCUUGCUUGUACAUGAAGCAGUAGGGUGCUUUGUAUAAAAAUGAAAAUUAUGCAACACAUCAAACAUUACAACAUUUCACAAUCUUAGUGUAUCAAGUAUAUUUUUGAAGGUGCAUGAAACAGUUAUAACAACCUUUUCAAACUGUACAUUUCCAAUAAAAUGCAAAACCAUUUAGGCAGAGAAAACAAAUUGGAGCAUAUUCCUUGUUUGCUUAGCAUCCCUAUUUAAAUGUGGAUGAAGUUUCUGCAUAAUUAGGACAUUAUCAUUAAUGUUAAUAUUGCAGUUCCACAAGUCUGGUAUAAUGAAUUCACACUUAAAUACCUGUCAUCAAUGAAUCUCUCUCUCCAGUAAAUCCUCCUCCAGUUUUACUUCAACAUGAAGAAAAGCACUAACAUUAUGGGUCUGUUCUGAGAAUGCUUCUGAUAAUUUCUAUUUCACUGGUAACUAAUAACUAAUUAGAUAGUGGUAAUUCAUAUUUAAAAUAGUGUAUGAUCCAGAACUGAGCCAAGGAUCAGUA